AUGAAACUCUCUCAAUUGGUCUUCGGGUUUGGGGUCUUCGCCUCCACGUUUUCAUGUGCAUCGCCAACCGACACAAGACCCCUCAGAGAUUCUGUAAAUAGACUCCAUCAUAAUUGCUUACCCAUUCCUUCCACUUCAAAGUUUGAAUUCUAAUCAAAUUCCCAGAAUAAACUCCGCCGUCUCCUCACUCGCUCAGCGCUUCUCUCCAAAGCCAAAACUCUCCAAAAUUUCGCCUACGAUACCCCCAAACGAAAUCGACAAAUCGGAACUCCAGGUCAUAAUGCAACCAUAAAUUGGAUAUACGAUACCAUAAACCAAUUUCCAGAUUAUUAUGAGAGCUACUUGCAGCCGUAUGAUAUGCUUCUGCAUGAAGAUGCGAAUCUUACUGUGAACGGCAAGGCAUUGGAGGUUUAUUCUUUGGGGAUGAGUCCGUCAGGGAAGGCGAAGGGCCCGGUUGUUCAUAUUCCGAAUUUGGGAUGUGAUAAAGCAAGUGAACGCCUGCGGUGACGUUGAAAAGUUCUGAGGAAUGACUUGCUGACUUGUCGGGAUUAGUCUGAUUUUCCAGCCGAUCUUACUGGGAAGAUUGCACUGAUUCUGAGGGGAGAUUGCCAAUCUGCUGUUAAAGAUGCGUAUGCUGGAGCUGCUAAUGCUAGUGGUGUUCUUAUUUAUAAUACUGGAAACGCGAUUUAUAGCACCAUGAAUGGGUAUUCGCUUCAGCUGGUUUCGACACCUGAAGGUCCUUAUGUGCCAACUGGGGGCAUAACGAGACCGGAUGGGGAUGCUAUUAUUGCUCUACUUGAUGCAGGGGUUGAGUUUAUUGCUGAUUUGUCCACUUUGACGCUUCACUUCAAAAGGACCGGGAGUUAACGACAACGGCUCCGGCUCAAACACACUCCUCGAGAUUGCAGUUCAACUCACAAACUUCUCUAUCAACAACGCGGUUAGAUUUUCUUGGUACACCAAGUAUAUUCUCCCUCCGUUAUUUCAAAACUAAUUAGGAAAUAGGUGGACAGCAGAAGAGCCCGGUCUUCUCGGGGCGACAUACUAUGUGGCUCAUCUCAACCAAUCUGGGAUCAACAAAAUUCGUCUUCUCCUAAGUGAGUUUUACAACCCAUAUUGCUCUCCGUUUACUGAAGUUCCUUUCCUCAGAUUUCGACAUGCUAGCAAGCCCCAACUACGCGUAUCAAAUAUACGACGGCGACGGAUCAGCCUUCAACUCAACAGGGCCCCCAGGAUCCGCGGAAGCAGAACAUGCCUUCCAAGACUACUUCACAAACGAAGCGCACCAAGGAUGGACAGAAACAGAAUUUGACGGACGUUCUGACUAUGGACCCUUCCUAGAUGUGAGCAUCGCAUGUGGAGGCCUUUUCACUGGUGCAGAGGGAAAUAAAACAGUUCAAGAGGCAGCUCUGUUUGGUGGCGAAGCGGGAAAGCCGUAUGAUGUGAAUUAUCAUUUGGCUGGGGACAAUGCUACGAACUUGAAUAUUGGGGCUUGGAUCGAGAAUACCAAAGCUAUUGCCCAUGUACUUGCGGGCUAUGCGAGAAGCUUUGACUCGUUACCUCCGAGGAAUGUUUCGGUUGCUGCCAAGAGGGAGGUACUUGCGAAGAGGGGGGCGCUUAGAAAGAGAGGUUCACCUCGAUACUAG